AUGACUCGGGGCCCAGGCCUCGCGCUGCCUCUGCUGCUGCUCCUGGCGGCGGCGACCGGCCAGACUGCCGCCCAGGACAACUGUACGUGCCCCACCAAUAAGAUGACUGUGUGUAGCCGGGUUUCCCCGGGUGGCCGCUGCCAGUGCCGCGCGAUCGGCUCGGGCUUCGAAGUGGACUGCUCCACGCUCACCUCCAAGUGCCUGCUGCUCAAGGCGCGCAUGGGGGCCCCCAAGGCCGGCCGCAAGCUGGUGCGCCCCAGCGAGCACGCGCUGGUGGACAACGACGGCCUGUACGACCCGGACUGCGACCCCGAGGGCCGCUUCAAGGCGCGCCAGUGCAACCAGACGGCCGUGUGCUGGUGUGUGAACUCGGUGGGCGUGCGCCGCACCGACAAGGGUGACCAGAGCCUGCGCUGCGACGAGCUGGUGCGCACCCACCACAUCCUCAUCGACUUGCGCCACCGGCCGGCCGCGCGCGCCUUCAACCACUCGGACCUGGACGCCGAGCUGCGGCGGCUCUUCCGCGAGCGCUACCGGCUGCGCCCCCGGUUCCUGGAGGCCGUGCACUACGAGGAGCCCACCAUCCAGAUCGAGCUGCGGCAGGACGCGGCGCAGAAGGGCCCCGGCGACGUGGACAUCGCGGACGCCGCCUACUACUUCGAGAGGGACGUCAAGGGCGAGUCCCUGUUCCAGGGGCGCAGCGGCCUGGACGUGAACGUGCGCGGUGAGCCCCUGCAGGUGGAGCGGACGCUCAUCUACUACCUGGACGAGAAGCCACCCCAGUUCUCCAUGAAACGCCUCACCGGCGGCCUCAUCGCCGUCAUCGUGGUGGUCGUAUUGGCCCUGGUCGCCGGCGUGGUCGUCCUGGUCAUCACCAACCGGAGGAGGUCCGGCAAGUACCGGAAGGUGGAGCUCAAGGAACUGGGGGAGAUGAGAAACGCGCCCAGCUUGUAG